AUGUCUUCGGAGAAGGAGAAGAUGGCGAUUACCGAGAAGAAGUCGCCGUCUAACAAGAGCAACUGUGCUUCACCUGGAAAGAAAGGUGACACGGAUGAACAUGGCUUGCCUAAAGACAAGGACAAGGGAUAUGACACUAAUCUUUACCUCUACCAUGAGGAAAUCGAAGACCGCCCCCGCGCCGCGACAUUCCUUAGCUCCUUGGCGGAUUACUCCAACACCAUACCGACUGCAUCAGCUGCGGACCCGGAUGCCCCUAAACCAGCGCCUCCAGCUCGAAUGGGCACCCUGAUCGGUGUUUACUUGCCCUGUAUCCAGAAUAUCUUCGGCGUUAUUCUUUUCAUCCGUCUCACGUGGGUUGUCGGCACAGCCGGCGCUAUACAAGGCUUUCUAAUAGUGCUCAUCUGCUGCUGUACGACUAUGCUAACGGCUAUAUCGAUGUCUGCGAUUGCUACGAACGGCGUAGUGCCGGCUGGGGGGUCGUACUUCAUGAUCGGCCGCUCGCUGGGCCCGGAAUGUGGCGGUGCGGUCGGCAUGCUCUUCUAUACGGGGACUACUCUCGCCGCCGCCAUGUACAUCGUCGGUGCUGUUGAAAUUGUGUUGACGUAUAUGGCUCCAUGGAUGUCAAUAUUUGGAGAUUUCACAAAAGAUCCUGAUGCAAUGUAUAACAACUUUCGAGUUUACGGGACCGGGCUACUUCUUAUAAUGGGGAUGGUGGUAUUUGUGGGAGUGAAAUUUGUAAACAAGUUCGCAACUAUUGCGUUGGCCUGUGUAAUUCUUUCAAUCUCUGCUGUCUACGCUGGCAUUUUUGUAAAUUUCAACGGCAGCACCGCUCUUCAAAUGUGUGUCCUCGGAAAACGGCUGCUUAAGGAUAUUAGCAUCGAUAACUGUACAAAGGAAACGGGAGGCGAACUGCAUCAAUUGUUUUGUCCCAAUAACCUUUGUGAUCCUUACUACGAGAGUCAUAAUGUUAGCGUUGUUCAGGGAAUUAAGGGUUUGGCUAGUGGCGUCUUCUUCGACAAUCUACAUGAUUCAUUUCUCACACUUGGAGAAUAUAUCGCAUAUGGCAAGGAACCCGAGGACAUCGAACAAAUGGAAAGGCCCACAUACAAUCAAGUAUACGCUGACCUGACGACCACUUUCACUAUUUUGAUAGGCAUAUUUUUCCCAUCAGUUACUGGUAUUAUGGCUGGGUCAAAUCGUUCCGGUGAUUUAGCAGAUGCUCAAAAGAGUAUCCCUAUUGGAACAAUUUGUGCAAUUUUAACAACUUCUACUGUUUACCUUUCUUGUGUCUUGCUCUUUGCCGGUACUGUGGAUAAUCUGUUACUACGAGAUAAAUUUGGUCAAUCUAUUGGAGGAAAACUGGUAGUAGCAAACAUGGCUUGGCCAAACCAGUGGGUGAUCUUAGUUGGGUCGUUUCUUUCGACCCUUGGAGCUGGAUUGCAGUCGUUAACUGGAGCUCCUCGCUUGCUGCAAGCCAUUGCUAAGGAUGAAAUAAUACCAUUUCUAGCACCUUUUGCUGUAUCAUCUAGCAGAGGUGAACCCACCAGAGCACUGUUGUUGACUAUGGUCAUCUGCCAGUGCGGUAUCCUCCUCGGUAAUGUCGACAUACUUGCGCCGCUUCUCUCAAUGUUCUUUUUAAUGUGCUACGGCUUCGUAAACUUGGCAUGUGCUCUACAAACUCUAUUGAAGACUCCCAACUGGCGUCCACGAUUCAAAUACUAUCAUUGGUCACUUUCUUUUAUUGGGUUAACGUUAUGUAUUUCCAUCAUGUUUAUGACAUCUUGGUUUUACGCAUUGAUUGCCAUGGGUAUGGCAGGUCUCAUCUAUAAAUACAUUGAAUAUCGCGGUGCGGAGAAAGAAUGGGGCGAUGGUUUGCGCGGUCUUGCCCUAUCGGCUGCUCGUUAUUCUUUGUUACGUCUAGAAGAAGGUCCUCCACAUACUAAGAACUGGCGCCCACAGGUCUUAGUACUUGCGAAAUUAAAUGUAGAUUUGAAUCCCAAGUAUCGAAAAAUGUUAGCUUUCGCAAGUCAACUUAAAGCGGGAAAAGGAUUGACAGUUUGCGUGUCAGUGCUUGGUGGAGAUUUCCCACGUCGUUCUAACGAUGCAUUGACUGCCAAACAAAAUCUACGUAGAGUUAUGGAUGAGGAAAAAGUAAAAGGCUUCGUAGAUGUACUCGUAUCUCACAAUAUUGCUGAUGGACUUAGUCAUUUUAUCCAGACAUCGGGCUUAGGAGGGCUUAAACCGAAUACGGUAAUUGUGGGCUGGCCCUAUGGUUGGAGGCAAUCGGAAGACAAACGCACAUGGGAAGUAUUUCUAGACACCGUACGUACCGUCACCGCUGCGAGAAUGGUAAUGCUUGUACCAAAAGGAAUUAACUUCUUUCCUGAUAGCACCGAAAAGAUAUCUGGCAACAUUGAUAUUUGGUGGAUAGUACACGAUGGUGGCAUGCUGAUGUUAUUGCCAUUCCUUCUGAAACAACACCGCACUUGGAAGAACUGUAAGAUGCGCAUCUUCACUGUAGCUCUGUUGGAGGAUAACUCCAUUCAGAUGAAGAAAGACCUUAAGAUGUUCUUAUAUCAACUACGCCUUGAAGCUGAAGUUGAAGUAGUUGAAAUGACGGAUAGUGACAUUUCCGCUUACACCUACGAACGCACUUUGAUGAUGGAACAACGCAACCAAAUGCUUCGAGAACUUAGACUCAAUAAGAAAGAAACUCUCGGAAUGAUGCAAAAUUUGGUGGACUAUCACGAACCAAACGCUGAAGAGAAGUUACCUCUGGUGCAAGCAAUUGUGGAUCAUCAUCAUGCCGACGUAAAGACGGCAAGCAAAGUCCGAUUUGCAGAACCAGGCGCUGGUGAACCAGUGCCUGAUGACGCUCCUUCACCACCCCUCACUGACAAUGACGAAAAGGACAAAGAUGAUAAGGACGAAUUCCGAAGUAGUUUGUUGCACAUAAUCGAUUCAUUGUGGGACUCGCCCGAUGAACAGUCGCAGUGUGAGGGAGUACCGUCGCCGCCUCAUGACGCUGAUAAGAAUAAGGAGACCAACCCCAACGGUGACGCGAUGAAAUCUAAGCCCAACAUGCCAAAUAUCACACCUGACGAGGGUACGGUUAGAAAAAUGCACACAGCAGUGAAGUUGAAUGAAGUAAUAGUAUCCCGGUCUCACGACGCACAACUAGUAAUACUGAACUUACCGGGGCCACCUCGUGACACCGAGCUUGAAAUGGAGUCCAACUAUAUGGAAUUCCUAGAAGUGUUGACAGAGGGAUUGGAAAAAGUUUUGAUGGUGCGCGGCGGAGGACGCGAGGUCAUCACCAUCUACUCGUGA